AUGGAUAGAUUGGUAUCUGAUGAAAAUUUUUCACCUUCUCUGCAGACAACAUUAGCUGUCGGUGGUGCGCUUGCUCUUGUUGCUGCUGCGGUUAUUCAUCGGCAUAAAGAUAAAUUAUCAUCAUUACUUGUCGAAGAUUUCGCUACUGAAGAAAUGAACCAAGAUACAAAUUGGCAAAGACUAACAAUAUCAGCUCAGGCACAAGGAUGUGCUGAAGCACGGAUUCCUGCUUCAAUUGGUUCACGACCUUUAUCAACAAUAGGGAAAUCUAUUAUUGAUGAUCGUACAUUUGCGACAUUUUACGAAGGUUUUCAAAUUGGCAAAGCCAUUGCGACCAGACGGGGUGACGAACGAUGUUUAGGUUAUAGAGUCGAUCGUCAAUCGCCGUAUCAAUGGGUGUCCUAUGAAGAAGCAGAUCAAGCUGCUACUGAAGUCGGUAGUGCACUUAUUGAAUUAGGUGAAAAUCAUGGACAAAAUACUUUUAUUGGCAUCUAUACAAUUAAUAGUGUUGAGUGGAUGACAACAGCUUUGGCAUGCCAUUUUCAUAGCAUGAUUUAUGUGCCACUUUAUGAUACGCUAGGCGAACCUGCUAUUGUUCAUAUAAUUAAUCAAACUUCAUUAAAGACAAUAUUUGUUGAUAAACCUGAAAAUGUCCUAUGCUUGAUUAAACUUGCCAGUCAAGUACCAACAUUAAAACGAAUAAUUCUUACUAAACAAUUGCCGAGUGAUAAAAAUACGGAAAUAAUAAAUAAAGCUAAAGAAGUUGCCAUUGAAAUUAUGACAUAUACUCAAUUACGAGAUCUUGGCCGAUCAAAACCAGUAGCUCAUCAUCCACCUACACCUGAUGAUAUGUUUGAAAUAUGUUAUACAAGCGGUACAACUGGUUUACCAAAAGGUGCUAUGUUAACACAUAAAAAUGUGGUCUGUUUGGCUCAAGCAGCUACGGAAGUUUUCAGUCCAGUUUUCACUGAAUUGGAAACAAUUAUUUCAUAUUUACCAUUAGCUCAUUCAUAUGAACAAACAAUUGAACUCUACUGUUUAUGUAAUGGCUUUAAAAUUGGUUAUUUUUCAGGUGAUGUACGUCAAUUAGCUGAUGAUCUCGCUGCUUUAAAACCAACAUUAAUGCCCUGUGUACCUCGACUUCUUAAUCGAAUGUAUGAUAAUAUUCAAGCAACCAUUCGUCCAUUAAAUUCGUUCAAACGUUUUCUCUUCAAUCAAGCUCUAGCAGCCAAAUCGCAUGAUGUUGAAAAACAUCGUAUUAAACGUCAUAUGAUUUGGGAUCGAUUUGUUUUAAAACGUAUUCAGCAACGUCUUGGUGGACGAGUUAAAUUAAUUGUUAGCGGUGCUGCGCCAUUAUCACCACCGAUUCUUGAAUUUCUUAAACGUGUUUGCGGUGCUUAUGUUGUUGAAGGUUACGGACAAACAGAAUGUUGUGGUAUAUCAACGUGUCAAAUGCUUGGUGACCCAACAACAGGAAAUAUUGGUGUACCGUUAAAUUGUAAUAUGAUUAAACUAGCUGAUGUACCAGACAUGCAAUAUUUUGCAAAAGAUAACGUUGGAGAAUUAUGUAUCAAAGGUGCAAAUGUAUUCAAAGGAUAUUUUAACGAUGAAGAAAAAACAAGAGAAGCAUUGGAUAGUGAAGGUUGGUUACAUACAGGAGAUGUUGCCAGAUGGGUACCGACUGGGCAAAUUCAAAUUGUUGACCGAAAGAAACAUAUGUUUAAAUUAUCACAAGGCGAAUACGUAGCGCCAGAACGUAUUGAAAAUAUUUAUAUUCAUAGUAAAUAUAUUGCUCAAGUAUUUGUUUAUGGUAAUGGUUAUAAGAGUUUUACAGUAGCUAUUAUUGUUCCCGAUGCUGAAGUUCUUGAAAAAUAUGCUCGUGAAAAGAAUAUUACGGGUAAUAUGGAGGAAUUGUGUAAGAAAAAGGAAAUAAAAGACCUAAUACUUAAUGAUAUGAAACAAUUAGAAAAAGCCAAUUCAUUAAAAGGCUUUGAAAUGUCGAAAGAUAUUUAUCUACAUCCUGAAUUAUUCUCAAUAGAAAAUAAUCUUUUAACACCAACAAUGAAGACUAAACGACCUGAAGUGGGAAAAUAUUUUGAAACACAAAUUGAAGAAAUGUAUAAAAAUAUUGAAUGA